UUUCUUACUUGACAUUACUCUUGCAAACAUAGCAAGUUCUCUUCGACCAAUACUCUGUCCAACAAGCUCCAAGGGUUAUCGGCCUCUCUACCUUCCAAUCCAUUUUUAAAGUCUGUCAUGAUGGACGAGAAAGAAACUAGAGAUGAGAUGCCGCCGAGUAGGCAAAGCGCCAGCGUGGAAAAGAUGUCUUCCGACGACACAGUCAACGAAAAGAUAUACCCACCAAAGAAAGUCGUCCUACCAACAAUGUUAGCUCUCUUCCUCGUAUUCUUCCUGGUCGCUCUUGACCGCACAAUCAUCGGCACAGCCAUCCCAACCAUCUCCGCCGAAUUUGACAGCUUCGGUGAUAUAGCCUGGUACGAAUCCGCCUUCCUCCUCCCCCUCUGCGUCUUCCAACUAUCAUUCGGUCUCGUCUUCAAAUACUAUUCUACAAAAUGGGUUCUCUUCGUUUUAACCGCCAUAUUCGAGAUUGGUUCUAUCGUCUGUGCAGCUGCACCUAACUCGAAUGCUUUGAUCGUUGGGAGAGCCAUCACUGGUAUUGGAGGUGCUGGUAUUGGCUCUGGUGUAUUUAUUUACAUCACGCUGCUUUUUCCAUUGGAGGAGAGGCCAAAGUACCUUGGGUCACUUGGGUCUGCUUUUGGUAUCUCGUCUAUUCUGGGGCCGAUUCUUGGGGGUUAUCUUACUUCGGUUACGUGGCGUUGGUGCUUUUGGAUCAACGUUCCUAUCGGUGGGCUUUCGCUCAUUCUUCUGUUCAUUUUGGCGCCGAAUAGACCAUCACCCAGCGAGCCAGCUGAGUCAUGGCGUCAGAGAUUCCUCGACCUCGAUCCAUUAGGCUUUCUUAUGGUCGCUGGAUCAGUCGUCAGCCUUCUGUUCGCACUUGAGUUUGGCAAAGAGAACCAACAGUGGACCAGCGGACGCGUCAUCGCUCUCUUCGUCGUCUUUGGCGUCUUGUUCCUCAUCUUCGCUGCGUACCAAGCUUGGCGGAAAGAAAAAGCAACAGUUCCCCCGAGAAUUCUUUUCCAGCGAACCACGCUGUUUGCCUGCUUGAACGCCUUGGCUAUCGGUUCCGUGCUGGUCAUAUACUCGUUUUACCUUCCAGUAUGGUUCCAAGUUGUGAAGGGAAAAUCACCUCAAGAUUCAGGUAUAGCUCUGAUCCCGCUACUACUUAGCAAUGUGUUCUGUGUUAUUCUUGGUGGUGUUUUGGUUAGCAAGAUUGGAUAUUAUACGCCGUUUGCUAUCGCUGGAUGUGCUGUGCUUAUUGUUGGCUCGGCGUUGAUAAGUACUUGGACGGCAGACGUCAGUAAGGCCAAAUGGAUUGGAUAUCAGAUUAUCACUGGAGCAGGCAUGGGUUUGACACUUCAACAGCCCGCCAUCGCCAUCCAAACCGUUCUCUCUGAGAGCGAUAGCCCAAUUGGCCUUUCCAUCUUGAACUUUCUUAUCUUUCUCGGCGGAACAGUAUUUGUCACCGUGUCGCAGACAUUACUGGAAGGACAACUUGAGAGCAAAAUUGCCAAGUAUGUUCCUGGGGUUGACAUCAAUUCGCUUGCAAACAGUGGUGCAACGAAUCUGUGGAACCUUGUGCCUUUUGACAAGGUUGACUUGGUAUUGAAUGCGUACAACGAUUCGAUGAGAUCGAUUUGGUAUCUUGGUUUGGGCAUGGGAUGUUUCGCUCUGAUUACUUCGUUUGGAUUCGAGUGGAAGAAUGUCAAGGCGGAGAAGAAGACGACUGGAGCAGCUGCCACAGCAUAGCUUACUAAGACUAGCCUCAUACGAUAUUUUCAAUAUUCGAGGUAUCGUGUAUCCGAUAGCAAGAAUGUGAACGAAGUUUAAGACUGCCUGCAACUUAC